CUAAGCUCUGCUGAUGGCAAUAAUGGAACUGUUAACUGGACGACUAAGCGAGCCCACAGUUACAUUAUCAGCAGAAUAAAGGCUGUUCAGAAGAAUGUGUACACGAUUCUGUCUAGGGUGCACUCUGAUCGGAAUGUAUACCCUUCUGCUGGAGUCCUGUUUGUUCAUGUUUUGGAGAGAGAGUACUUUAAGGGGGAAUUUCCUCCUUACCCAAAGCCUGGUGAAAUAAGUAAUGAUCCUAUAACAUUUAAUACCAAUUUAAUGGGUUACCCUGACAGACCUGGAUGGCUCCGCUAUAUACAAAGGACACCAUACAGUGAUGGAGUGCUGUAUGGCUCACCAACUGUAGAAAAUGUGGGCAAACCAACCAUCAUUGAGAUCACUGCGUACAACAGGCGUACCUUUGAGACAGCACGGCAUAAUUUGAUCAUUAAUAUAAUGUCAGCAGAAGAUUUUCCUUUACCAUAUCAAGCGGAAUUCUUCAUAAGGAAUAUGAAUGUAGAAGAAAUGUUAGCAAGUGAAGUUCUUGGUGACUUCCUCGGAGCAGUGAAAAAUGUGUGGCAGCCAGAGCGCUUGAAUGCUAUAAACAUCACUUCAGCCCUUGACAGGGGAGGGAGAGUUCCACUUCCUAUUAAUGACAUGAAAGAGGGUGUGUAUGUGAUGGUUGGGGCAGAUGUUCCAUUCUCUUCCUGUUUACGAGAAGUGGAAAACCCACAAAAUCAACUGAGGUGCAGUCAAGAAAUGGAACCUGUAAUAACCUGUGAUAAAAAAUUUCGUACUCAAUUUCAUAUUGACUGGUGUAAAAUCUCUCUGGUUGACAAUACAAAACAAGUUUCCACCUUUCAGGAAGUGAUUCGUGGAGAGGGAAUAUUACCUGAUGGUGGAGAAUACAAGCCACCCUCUGACACACUGAAAAGCAGAGACUAUUACUCGGAUUUCCUAAUUACACUGGCAGUGCCCUCGGCAAUAGCACUGGUGCUUUUUCUAAUCCUUGCCUAUAUCAUGUGCUGCCGACGGGAAGGAGUGGAAAAGAGAAACAUGCAAACACCAGACAUCCAGUUGGUCCACCACAGUGCUAUACAGAAAUCAACCAAAGAGCUUCGUGACAUGUCUAAAAACAGAGAGAUCGCGUGGCCUCUUUCAACGCUGCCCGUGUUUCACCCGGUGACUGGGGAAAUUGUCCCGCCCCUUCACACGGACAACUACGACAAUACCAGCAUGCCACUGAUGCAAACACAGCAGAACCUGCCACAUCAGACUCAGAUUCCACAGCAGCAGUGUGCAGAAGCUGUAUGCUCAUCAGGACAUUGCAUUGUAAGCAGAAAACUGCGUCUGCUUUAAAAUUACUAAAUGCUGGCUACAUUUCCUUAGCUGAGGUUUGUGGGGUCUCUGCUAAGAGAAAUUUGAGUAAUUCUGGAAUUUAAGACUGAGGAUAAAAGGAAUUUGUAAAAUGAGGUUAUUAGAAUUUGUAAAAAGACCAAGGUAGUCACUUUUGGUUUUGCUUUUUUUUUUCUUUUUACAGUUAUGACCCUGUUCUGUCAAAACAAAAACUUAUUUUAAUUUUUAAGCAAACGUGUUUAUAGGCUCGAACCUGAAUGCAGCAUCUCAGCAGAUAGUUAGAACAAGUCCUGAGCUGCUUUUUAGACAAAUUUUGUGCAACAAGUAUGAUAACUCUUGCAGCAAAGUAUAUAAUCAGUGCUCAGUACGUAGUACAUACUUGUGUAUUGUCAAACCUCCAAUGUCAGUUUUGCCCUGAAUGCUCAGCACAGCCCACAGAACUUGGGAGCAAAUGCAUAGGAAUUCCAUAGGAAUCCUGCUGGUGGUUGUUAGACCAGGAGAGGUAGCUCAAGCUACAGGCAUUAAAGUUGAAAAAUUAAGGCAGUUUCUGAAACAGUUGGAAUAAAGAGCCAUUCCUACUCACUUUCAAAGUGACAUCCAUCACACCUUGCUAACUCAUCCAAAAGGUACCAGGGAAGACUUCCCCAGUCAAUCAGCUUCCUCAGAGACAUGUCCCCCCCCCUUCCAGCAGCUUGCAUGGUUAGCAGGGAAAAGUGAAUCACAAAACUGCACACUGAGGCUUAUAGUAAAUUAGACAUUUACAUCUUUUACUCAAGCUGUGAAAAAAAAAUGGAGUACAAUCAGCAUUUCAUUUCUGUUAGUUUAUACUACUGUUUUCAAAUGUAUGAGCUGCCAGUGUUUUGAAACUGAAAUGAAUGGAAUGGAUUUUAAAUAAUGGUUUUUAAUGCAACCUAAGACUGAACUUUGUAAAUAGUAUUGGGUUUGGAUCAUAACAAUUUCUGGUAACUUGAGGAUGACAUGACAAUCAAUGAACUACCAGUUGAGCUGCUCCCACCUUAUUUGUAUUAAUGUAACAGUGCCAAUAUAUUUAAGGAAAUGUCUCACACUGUUAUGUACAUGCAUAAAAAAUUAGUUUGUAGCAGUGGAGGUUCCACCUAUUUUGAAAAGAAUCUGAUGAUGUAGGUGACUCGGGUAUUAAGAAUACCUGACCUAUUUUAUGACUGAAAGCUUCAUUUAUCUGAGGUAAGUUUAAUAACAAAUUAUUUAUUUUUACUUAUUAAAACAAUUAUUCUGAAAGCAUAGAUUUAUAAAGCUGGUUAAAGACACUUAAUGGCUAAAGAAUUAAUUAAGACAGUAAAUUCACAGCCUCUUUUAACCUAUGAUGGCAGUAUGAACUGAUAUUAUAUUAAGUUGCAAUCAAAUUAAAUAGAAAGCCCUGCCGCUGUCUUUGUACAUAUCUGAAAUGUAAAAUCUAAUAAAUAGGAAAACAUG